AACCCACAAACGUUGUUCAAGCAAAUCAACCUUGUUUUUCCCCGAAUACAGAAUUACUCUUCAUCUAUUUCUGGGUGUGUUGACAAAGAUUUAAGCAAAUAUAAUUUUUCUUUGUAGAUGUAUGUUAGUGCUGUCUUACCAAAAGCCACACAAUUACUACCGACAACGUGAUGGAAGUGGCAGCUAGAUUAGAAUAAGAACUGAGACUAGAAUAAAGUAUGUAACGACACCUCUGUGAAAUGAAAGGGGAAGUGAAGUGACUUGCUGCUAUCUACUGUACCGAUCAGUUUUGCUCAUUUGCUGUAGCUAAAUUCUUUAAAUUAUAAAAGACAUCAUCUAUUAUUAACAAUGGAUGCAAAGGAUAACAAGCAUGUAUACUUCAUUGUAAUUGAGACAUCAAUUAACGCACUUAAAUUCGGUGCUGGUCAGAUAUGCUACAUUGAGGAAAGUAAAUACAUGGAGAAAAUUGAGGUUGAGACUUUAAUGUACCUCCCAGUAGUUAGUUUAGGAAACGUGGGGGAAGAGUAUUUAAAGGUAACCUACUUGGAGCAAGUUUCUGUUCAUCAGGCUGAGCUGUUGUUUAGUGUCGGAGAGAGUUCCCAGAGACUGAGGUAUUUUAAGGAGAGGGAGGCAUUGGAUAAAGCCCUGAGUCUCACCAAAGAUACAGCAGUCAGUGUGGAGAUGGAGGGAACGUGGCUACAGGGAAUCAUCCGCUACAUAGGAAGGAUAACAGAGCCAUUGUCCCCUGACCCCAUAACAGGAACUUAUUUUGGCAUUGAAUUGCUGGAAGAGGACAGAGGAAAAGGACAGAAUGACGGGUUCUAUAUGGGCAAACGCUACUUCACCUGUCAACAAGACUGCGGGGUUUUUGCCCCGUUCUCUAGAGUCAGGCAUUUGGUGUCCAACCCCGUGAGAACAAUUGCAGACCAGCCACCAGGCCUGCCUGUUCCAACAGAGUCCCUCCAACUGUCCUCCGCGGGUCCGCUCAGCACUGGCGACAGAGUCAUCUUCUUUCUGGACAACGACAUGAUUCAUGGCAUGGUGAUGGGCCUUGAGGAGAAGGAGAGUGGGACACUCGUCAUCAUCUCAACUGACAUAGACGAGAGGGGGGGGACUGAUAGUGUCCAUGUGCCGCUGGAGAAUGUCAUCAAAGAGGAGGUGUUUCCGCUAGAGCCUAAACUUAACCUUGAGUCUUUGGAGACUGAAGAUGUAACUAUAAUGCCUGCAGAGGAGAUUCAUCCCCUGGGUCUAAAUGUAAACUCUCUAGUUGAAGUGACCCUGGGUAAAGGACCAAGUUACGGAACAAUCCGCUGGAUAGGCUUUCUGCCCGGUCGGGAGGGAACCAUGGCUGGACUGGAACUGGAACAGGAGGAUGGAGUGAGUGAUGGUACCUUUAAAGGCAAGAGGUAUUUCAGCUGUCCGACAAAACGAGGUCUCUUCAUCAAGUUGCUAUCUUGCCAACCUGACUCCCGCUUCCAGGCAGCAGGAGCCACUCCCAAAGAACAGAGAACUGACAGCCCAGGGGAUCUCCCAUCAGCCCCCAUCACCUCUGAGCAGGUAGAAAAGAUGCUGAUUGGUCGAAUGAAGGGUAUCCAGGGCCACAUUAACUCCUGCUACAUGGACUCAGCCCUCUUUAGUCUGUUCUGUUGUUCCUCAGUACUGGACUCCCUGCUGUUUAAGAGAACUGAACCUCAGGAUGCCCCCAUCCAGAGAACUCUGCUGCAUGACAUUGUCAACCCCCUCCGCAGCAAGGGUUUUGUGGAAGGAAGACACGUUAUGAAACUUCGUCAGCAGCUGCAGGCACUUGGCUACUGCCACACAUUCACCACAGAUGAGAAAGACCCAGAGGAGUUUCUCACCCUCGUCAUGCAUAAUAUUCUCUGUCUGGAUCCUCUCCUCAAACUGUCAGCUGGGGGGAAGGUACAAGAGAGCUACUGUUAUCAGAUCUUCUUGGACCACAAUCACAGCCUGGUCCUUCCUAAUGUCCAACAGCUACUGGAACACUCUUUCAUGAGUGCAGGACUGAAACUGGCAGAGGUACCGUCUUGUCUUAUCCUCCAGAUGCCUCGCUUUGGGAAGACGUUCAAGAUGUUUCCGAAGAUUAUUCCUUCACUGGAGUUGGACAUCACAGACCUUCUGUCAGAGGGUCCCCAGCAGUGUGUGUUGUGUGGCCAGCUGGCAUAUGAGGAGUGCAUGGACUGCUUUACAGAGCCAGUCUUCAGCAGGACAGGAUUUAAAUUGUUCUGCAGGACCUGCUCUACCCAGGUGCACUCUCACCCCGAGCGGAUGUCCCACAGCCCCUCCCCCCUGUCCCUUCCUGAGGGUUACCCCACCCCUCCAGGCUUCCAAUGCCAGCUGACCACCCCACCCAGAGAGAGACUGCAGCUGUUUGCAGUGCUGUCCAUAGAGACUAGUCACUAUGUCUCCUUUAUCAAACAUGGACCAAAAAACACAGACUGGAUCUUCUUUGACAGCAUGGCUGACAGACAAGGAGAGAAGGAGGGCUUCAAUAUUCCCCAGGUGGAGGCGUGUCCAGAGGUCGGCAUGUACCUAAACAUGUCCCCUGCCGAGCUGGCCAAUCAGAUACCUCGGGACAUGAAGGGUGUGGCUAAACGUCUGUUUUGUGAUGCAUACAUGUACCUGUACCAAAGUACCAACAUGAGCCUCUACCGCUAACCAGAGGGGAGGAAUAUAUCAAUGAUCACCUGAGUAAUUUAACCGGUCAAAUGAGGGAAUCAUAUGAGGGUUGAGAUCUACUCUACUGCUUCCACUAUACCAAAAUGUCUAAAUGUUAUAGUGCCUUAUGACACAUUUACUUGUUUUAACUACAUUUAGACACAAUCAACAAAAUACCCAAUUAUGGAACGGUGUUGCAUCGCUUAGAGUUCCAAAUGUGUACCAUUGUUGUUUGCCAAGUGCAUUAGAGCUGUUAUGUUGGUAUGCUGGUCUUUCCUUUAUAUUGCUGGUCUUUCCUUUAUAUUCAUUCACCUGUGUGAAAAAUGAAUUGCUCAUUUGGUGGAACUGGUUCUUCCACCUUUAUCUGUGGCUGGAACCAGAAUAAUUGGUCUCAUUGCUAUGGAGGAAUUUUAGCCCAUUAUACUGAAUUAAUGUCACUUAUCAAUUUUUUUGAGUUUUGAAUAUUAACUAUUUGUUAAUCCUGCUACAAAAUCUCAAUAAGAUUUUAGUCUGGAUUUUUCACAAUGCCUUUCCAAAGCCAUUCUAAUGUAGGCUUGUGUUUUACAUCACUGUUUUACAGCAACUCAUAUUUGCCUGACUUUUAUCUGAUUCAGAGUGGAAUUCAUGGUUCCUUCAGUCCGUCUCACUAUGACGAUCCUACAGAAUUUGACAUGGUGUAAAUACUCUAGAAUGCAGGGUUUGGUUUUCUCCAGACAACACGAUCAAUGUUGUCAGAAAAAUUAUUCACUUUGGACUCACCUGUCAAUUAGUACUGACACGUGUUUCUUGGUGAGUUAGGGCAAACUGGAGUAGGUAUUUUAAACAACAUUGGUCAUGUUAUUAAAGAUAUUCUAUAUAACAGAGUGGUCCAAAGGACUGUUUAGUGAGGGUAAGUGUUUAGUGAGGGUAAGUGUUUAGUGAGGGUAAGUGUUUAGUGAGGGUAAGGGGGCAAUUACUUUUCACACAGGUGAACAGGAUGUUGAUUAAACACGUUGUCUUAGAAAAAGGAAUGAAUGUUCCCUUUCACAGAUAUUCAUUUUGUUAAAACGUCUUCUAACAUUCAGUGAAAAAAAUAUGCAAAACUUGGCCAAAGUUAGAUUUUAGCCAAUGGCUAGUUAGAGGACCUUUGACCUCACACAUUUUCAAAAUUUUUAGUGCGUGACUUUUUUAUAUAAACAUUAAGUUAUUUUCUCUUCAGGAAGGUUAUACUAUUUUUGAAAUAAUUUGUUAAUCUACGUUUUAAUGUUUGGGAAUGUCAGAAUUUCUAACUGACUUUAAGAUGACAUGGUCCAUUUGGUUUUCAAUUAUUUGCAGAAUUGUUUGAUUAUUGUAAUAUUUACAAUGAACAAAACAUUAAACUGUAGUGAAGUUAAAAAGAAAGUGCAUAUAAUUUUAUAACUUGGGAGGCUACAGUUUAUACAAAUGGGUUAAUGUUUCUUUCUGUCCAUGUUUCAUGUAUGUAUUGCAUUCAUCUGAAAAGGGCUUGCCUCAUAACUGAAUAAAUGAACAGUGAUAACAUA